UACGGAAACGAAACAGAAAGUAGUAGAAGUAGGCAAGAAAUUCCACAGAAGACAGUAGGGUUGGAACUCGGUCUAUAAUCUUAUUUAAAGUCGAUCAAAAGCGAUUGAAAGUUAAUCAAAAGAAAGGUCGUCUGCAGGCAGAGUUAUAUGAGGUAAAAUACCGGCAAAAUCAAAAUCUGGUGUAAAAGAAUCGACAUGAAAUCCAUUACUAAGCAAGUUGCUCUGUCUCUGACCAUCCUUUUGGUUCUGAAUCUAAUGCUCGAAGUGGAAGCUGGAAAAUUCAAGAAACUUCUGAAAGCCGGUCUCGUCUUAGGUGCCUUGGGAUCCAGGGCACUUCCAAGAGUUCUACCACUUCCUGUUCCUAUCCCCAUUAGAUUAAAUCGACAUCAUGAAUUCGGUGGAGGACACUUCGGAGAUGACUACUACAAGCACCAGGGAAGUGGAUUCAUUCCAGCUUAUGGACCAGGAGGAUACUCAUAUGGCGCUGGAGGAUUCGGAGGAGGAAUCUAUGGCGGAGGUGGAUAUGCUGCCAGUGGAGGAUGGUGGUAAAUUUACCAACUUAUGGACACUUUUUUGUUUAGAAAUGCACAACUAGUCGUCAUAUGGUAUGUUAUAGUGCUUUAAUGAUGACGAAGACUCAAGAACCAUAGAUGUACAAACUGCACACUGUACCACAUGUAAAAUAGAACUUCUGUAUAUACGUGAAUAAACUUUAAUUUUGUUUAUUUUAUAAAUAAACAAAAUAAGAA